AUGGUAUUCAAAUCACGGCAUAGUUUAAAACAAACCGGGGUUGCGGGAUACGGGCGCCUUUCUAUGUUCAUGAUGACCUGUCUGAUCAUCUCCGUAUCUGGAGUCCUCGCUGCCUACAUGUCCACAGCUCCUACCUUCAUUGCCAUGCGAUGCAUCGAAGGAGCAGGCAUCGGAGGAGCUAUUGUUACCAGCUAUGUCCUUUUGGUCGAAUAUUGUGGACUCGGUUACAGAGAAAUGGUAACUGCUCUGUACCAUGUUCCAAUAAACGUUAGCCACAUGACUCUAGCGGGUGUCUCAUACCUUAUAAGAGACAGUGAUAUAUUGCAAUUGGCUAUAUCGCUACCAGUAUUCCUUUGUCUUGCUCUAUGGUGUAUGAUAAUGGAAUCCCCAAAGUGGUUGCUUGAUGAAAAUAAAUUGGAUAAAGCAUCGGAAAUAUUGGAGAAGAUCGCCAAAUUGUGA